AUGGGGGACCUGGAAUUACUAGCGGAUCUCUUGAAGAAUAUUAACAGUACGGUAUUCAAUGCUUGUGUUGUAGCCAACAAGUCUAAUGCCAAAGAUGAGUGCAUCAAAUGCAUAAAGAUCAUGAACGGACUUUUAGCUGGGAACACUCAAGAUAAAGAUAGAUUGAUGGCGAUUUCGUCAUAUUUAAUGAGUCUUUACGGUCGUAUAACUGAGAACAAGAUUGGGAUCCAAGAAAGGUUUCUAUGGCUUUGUUCCAAACGAAACGGUGUUCUUUAUUAUCCUGUGGUGGAGUUCAACUGUCGAUACGACUCAGUGAGUGCGUGGGAAGGCUUGAAACUGUCGACCUAUGAUGAUAGUCGGUUGGUUCAAUUAGAGAUACCACCGGAAUAUAACUUCCAACAGAUACAGAUCACCAACUGGGACAUGGAUGGCACUUGCCAAUUGUACCAAGAUUUAUUGAACGACUGUUCAUAUGUCUCUUCGGUGUUAAGCAUUGCAGAGAAUACUAUGGCUACUGAAAAGUUGAACGGUUGUGUGUAUCCAAGGGAAGCGUCGUCUCUAUAUCAUGUGAGGCUUUUCUUUAACGGCUGUGAACGGAUUGUAGUGGUGGAUAAUCUGCUCCCGUUUCCCGAGCAGCAUCCAUCGAGUAAUAGGAAUAAUAGGCAGUUGAUAAUUAGCUCUAUUGAGACUAAGGAUUUAUAUUGGCCAGCUUUAGUGGAAAAGGCGUACAUACAAUUAUUACUGAAUCAUGGUUAUCAUGAUUUCCAAGGUUCAAAUAUGGCUACAGACACAUUCAUGUUGAUUGGCUGGAUUCCUGAAGUUGUUAGAAUUCAUCUGGAUAACCUUGAUGAGAUGUUAGUCAAUUAUUUCCAACGUGGAGAAGUUCUUAUUGGACUAGGAACUGGUGUUUUGACAGAUAAGGUGUGUAAGGAGUUAAAAUUAGUUUCAAAUCAUGACUACGCUGUUACAUCAAUCGCUAAAGAAGAUGGAAACUGUUUACAGUUGAAAAACUCAUGGUUAAACCAAAGAAGCUUGUCUAUUACUGGCUUAUCAAAUUUCAAAUACUUAUACUUGAACUGGAACCCCAAGACAUUGUUUGGUUUCAAAUCGACUAUAACGUUCAAGUACCAGAAUAGAGCAGCAUUUGGAGAGACGCAACAAUUUCUUAUUCAUAAUAAAAGCCACCAGAAACAGGAAUUAUGGAUACUUUUAGAAAGACACUUAUCAGACAGUCCCGAAGAUGAUGACGCCGUUGAUAUUUGGAUUAACAUUAACAUUUACGACGUCCGAACCAAAUUAUUGAACAGAGCAGAGCAUUUAAACAUUACCAGGAACAAAGAGAUGAACAAUAGGUUAUUUUUACUUAAAUUCAUUCUCGAGCCUUCCAAAGAGUACAUGGUGGUCCCGGAGUGUUCCACGAGCACUCUUUUCUCCCUUCAUGCCUACAACAAUAUUGGUCCGGAGUUUAGCUUUGAAAAAGCUGCCUAUGAGAAGCCGUUCACAAAGGAAAUAACUGGAAAUUGGGAUACAACAAAUCUGGGAAGCCCAUACAAUAAGUCUUCAUACAUUAGAAACCCUCAAUAUGUCAUACCAGUUACUGAAAGAACAGAUGUUGAUAUUGCAUUGUUUGCUAAUGAUCCUGGCAUUCAUGUGAACUUCCAUAUAUUCUAUUGUGGUGAGGAAGAAAUUACCUCCGGAACACGAGAAUUUGAUCCCAAAUCGCUCCUUUCUCAUGAGUCUUAUGAACAAAAUACCGUGGUUCAGAACUUUAAAGAUCUUGAGGUGGGUAACUACAGAAUAGUUGUAUCUAAUAUUGAAAACGUCAUUGGAAAGUAUAAAUUGGUGUUAAACUCAACCAAAGAAUUAAAGAUAGCAAAGAUUCCAACAUCAUUAGGAUUAUUCUUACGACAGUGUACCUUUGACUGGAACAACAACAACAGUCAUAAGUUAUUAAUCCGGACUACUGAUUAUAACAAUAAUAUCAGACUUCAUUUACACAAUUAUCUUGAUACUCCUAUCACCGAACUACUGCAAUACCGUCCAUUUAUGCGAGCAUCUCUUUUCAACAGGUUUACGUCACAAAGUGUGUUUAUUAAUGAAACCUGGUGCAAUAACUUGUAUGGACUUUUCUACGAUUGGACGAUUGAAUUGCCAGGUGAAUUCAUAUUAUUAGUGGAGUUGCAACAUACCAGUGAAUUUCACUGUUCAGUGAGCCUCGGGAACAAUAAGGACAUUAGUUUAGUGGACAUGGAGUGA